CGGCACAACAUAGAUUCAGAGAGGACGAGGAACGGUCGCACAUAUCCAACAGGGCUAUCUGACUGUGGUGAACUCCACCUCAAAAGGAAGAGAGACGAAAGCGAAAAGAAGAAAGAGAAGCGGCUGUCAACUGGCUCUACUCGCCGCCCCAACACCCGCUUUUCUUCGCCUGCUCGCCGUGUGUGUCAUAACCACCAGCUGCUAAUACUAAGAGACACACACAUCCCCAGGUCCAGCUGGGCCACUGCUCACCAUGUAUCUCAUCAAGAUCCCAUGUUCGUCAGCCAACAUCGGCCCGGGCUUCGAUGUCAUCGGCCUGGCCCUGUCCAUGUACCUCGAGAUCCGGGUGAGCGUCGACGCGAGCGCGCCCGCCGACCCGGCGACCAACCCGCUCAACUGCACGGUCACGUACACGGGCGUGGGCGCCGAGGACAUUGACCUGGACCCGGAGAACAACCUGCUGACGCGCACGGCGCUGUACGUGCUGCGCUGCCACCAGCAGCACGAGUUCCCCGCGCAGACGCACGUGCACAUCCACAAUCCCAUCCCGCUGGGCCGCGGGCUGGGGUCGUCGGGCGCCGCCGUCGUGGGCGGCGUGCUGCUCGGCAACGUCGUGGGCCGGCUCAACCUCCCCAAGACCCGCCUGCUGGACUUCUGCCUCAUGGUCGAGCGGCACCCGGACAACGUCGCCGCCGCCCUCUACGGCGGCUUCGUCGGCACCUACCUCAACGAGCUCGACCCCGUCGACAUGGCCAGGAAGGAGGUCCCGCUCUCCGAAGUCCUCCCCCAGCCCGCCGGCGGUGUCGACACGGGCCUGACACCCCCCAUCCCCCCGGUCAAUAUCGGGCACUACAGGCGGUUCAACUGGGCCAAGGAAAUCAAGGCGUUGGCAAUCAUCCCGGACUUUGAGGUGAGCACCGCCAAAGCCAGGCAGGUGUUGCCUACCGAGUACUCGAGGCAGGACAUGAUCUUCAACCUUCAACGCAUCGCCCUCCUCACCACUGUCCUCUCCGACUCACCUCCCGACCCCUCCCUAAUCUACUCGGCCAUGCAAGACAGGAUCCACCAACCUUACCGCGCCGGUCUCAUCCCCGCCCUCCCCUCCAUAUUAUCCUCCAUGUCCCCCCAGACGCAUCCGGGACUCCUGGGGAUCUGCCUGUCCGGCGCCGGGCCGACUAUCUUGGCCCUCGCGACCGAGAAUUUCGAGAACAUCGCCCAUGUCAUCAUCAACAAGUUCGGCGAGGAAGGCAUUACCUGUGAAUGGAAAGUCUUGGAGCCUGCCGAAGAUGGGGCGACCGUCCAAGAGGUGCCGGGGGAUGUAUCGAUGUAUCGGAAGGAGAUCAGCAAAGCUUGACAAGUAAGCAGUCGGGAAACGAGAUCGCUCUGAGUUGUCCUAGCAGUCUGAUAUCGGAGCCGGAUUGUACGUCUUGGAAAAGCAUGUCAAGUUGGCCACCAUCGAAGCGUGAUCCGAACACGGGCUGAGCUCUUCACGGUCUUACGUUUGCACAUAGCACCCUAAACAUGAGGGAAGACCUAAGCUUGCUGGCAUUGCGUUCUAGACACUAUCUGGAAUGAUGAUACUCAUUGAAGAUGUUACUUUUGUCCCGGUACACGCUCCAAUGACUCAAAGUGUCCUGAAGAUGUUCAGACACGCCUCUGUGCUGUGCGGGAGCACUUUGGAUUUCCCUGUCGCUUCUGGUUUCCACA